AUGGCGCUGCCGCAGCUGAUGUCUGCAGAGAGCGGCCUCCGCGCCCAGCCGCUGACGGCGGACCAGGCAUCCUGGGUGGCGUCGAUGCUGCCGCUCGGCGGUCUCUGCGUGCUGCCCCUGUUGGCCGCACUCACCUCGCACGUCGACCGCAAGACACUCGGAUACCUCGCCGCGCCGCUACAGCUUGCGGCGUGCGUCGUCCUCAUGUCGUCCACCGAGGUCGCAGCUCUCUAUACCGCUAGGUUUCUGGCGAGCGUGCACGGCAUGUGCUCAGCACUGUUGGUGACGCUUUACGUGGGCGAGACUGCGAGCGACGGGGCGCGCGGCGCCCUCGGCUGCAUGCUGUCGCUACUCUGCAACUGCGGCAUACUUUGCGGCUACGUGCUGGGUGCCUGCCUGCCCUACCGCGCCGUCCUCUACGCCAACAUGGCGCCGCUCCUCCUGUACGUCAUCUGCUUCCCCUUCGUGCCUGAAACGCCGUACAAGCUGGCCAGCACCGGCCGCCAUCAGGACGCCAGAAAGGCGCUGCGGUGGCUCCGACGCGGAAUCUCCGAGGAGGAGGUGGAGCGCCAGAUGGCGUGCAUCCAGGCCUCGCUGGACGCGGGCGGCUCCAAGCAGGGCCGGCCGCUGUGCGAGCUCCUCCGCUGCCGGGCCACCCUCGUGGCCGUCGCCAUCGUCCUCCUGCUGUUCCUCAACCAGCAGUUCUGCGGCACCUUCUGCGUCGACAGCUACGCAGUCUUCAUCUUCAACGAAGCUGGCGGCUCCCUGUCACCUAAGACCGCAACCAUCAUCCUAGGCGUACUGCAGGUGGUUGGCGGCUUGCUGUCGGCGCCGCUGGUGGACCGCAUGGGUCGUCGCCCGACGCUGUUCCUCUCCAAUGCGGCCGUCGGCGCGUCAGUGGCGGUGAUGGGCGUGUACCUCUACCUGAAGGCGGAGACCCAGGCGGACCUGUCCAGCAUCGGCUGGCUGCCCGUCUCGUGCCUCUCAGUCUACGUGGUGAUGGUGGCCUUUGGUCUGGCCGCACUGCCGUACAUCGUGAUUGCCGAGAUCGUGCCUCCGAGAAUUAGAGGCUUAAUUGCCACCUGCAGCUACUUCGUCAUCUCGCUCACAGGCGGCACCAUGGCCAAGCUGUACCCGCUCAUGUCGGAAAGCAUGGGCACCUACGGUACCUUCUGGCUCUUCGCUGCCGUGUGCGCCCUCUCCACCCUUAUUGAGUGGUUCGUACUGCCGGAAACAAAGGGUCGCCCCAUCGAGGACAUCCUCAGGGAGCUCAACGGUGGCAAGGAUGUCUAUGUCAGCAGUACUUAGUGAUCUACCGACCUCGCAAAUUGCGCCUUGUAACAUCAUAGAUCAGGCUCGUCCAAACUGUGCCCCUGGGACGCUAGCGCGCGGCCAGCGCCCCGGGCGAAUUCGUAUGUUGCUGCAGUGGCCGAGCCGCGCCGCUUAGCUGGCCGUGCGGACUGCCCGAACGCCAGCCGAAAGAUAUAUUUAUUCGUCCGUUUUCCCUUCGGGCAGAGGACGUCUCACAAGUGCUUCAACUAGAGCUGAUUGUCCUACAGUGCCAUAUCCGCCCGAAGGACCGCUUUCUUAUGUGUAAAACUUUGGAUGACUUUUACAGCUGUCUUCCACGAGAGAAAUAUCCUCUUUUGCACAAGCACGCGGCCAUAGUUCUCAGUGUUUGGUUCCACGUAUAUUUGUGGGCGCUUUUUCGCUCUUUUAAAGGUUGCUAAAACUAAGAACCGUUCAUUCCUUGGCGAUAAAAAUUUCACCAAUUCUUUGAGGUUAGCAGUCUCACGGAAU